CAAUUCUGCUGCCUUCCCAUACAGCACAAGGCAAUGGCCUUCCAUUUCUCCAGAAACCUUGUUCCCCAAAUUCUGAUACACGAAGCAGUCCAUUAACCCUGUCUCUACAUGUUGUUCAGUCUCUUCAUUGUCUCCCCAGUAUAUCUUUGAGCUGGGUAACUGCUAUUGUUGCGCAUACUCGAGUAGCAUCAUACUAGCAUUUAUAAUUAUGUGGCUAUUAAACUGCGAGACUCUCAAAUGUGAACGAGUCCUCCAGCAUACGAGAUAUGUGAUCCUUUCGCACACAUGGGGUGAUGAGGCAGAAGAGAUCAGCUUCCGCGACCUGAACGAUCCCCAAAUUACAAAGUCAAAGAAAGGUUGGGAUAAGCUGCAGAAUUCCUGCAAGGUAGCCAAAGCUGCUGGGUACAAGUAUAUUUGGAAUGACACAUGCUGCAUCAACAAGGAAAGCAGCAGCGAACUCUCGGAAGCUAUCAACUCCAUGUUUAAAUGGUACGAGAGCGCAGAUGUUUGCUAUGCUUACUUGGAGGACUUUGACAGUUGCGACGAGUCUCGGAGUUUCGCAACCUCGCGGUGGUUUACUCGAGGCUGGACUUUACAAGAGCUUGUAGCUCCAUCAGACGUGCAAUUCUUUGAUAAAAACUGGGUCAAUUUCGGCAACAGAGCGAAUCUGAAGGAAGAAAUAUCAUCAAUCACAAAGAUACAGCAGGACAUCUUGGAGUGUUCCACGGGAAGACGCAUCCGCACGCUCCUAGACAGAAUUCCCAUUGCUCGCCGCAUGGCUUGGGCGGCUCUGCGGGAGACCACACGGACCGAAGACAGGGCGUACUCCCUGCUUGGUAUCUUCGACUGUAAUAUGCCUUUAAUUUACGGAGAGGGUUCUCGGGCUUUUCAUCGGCUACAGGAGGAAAUAAUCAGCCGAACAAGCGAUCUCUCACUCUUUGCGUGGCGGUCUGAAGCCACAACCAUUACAUAUGGGCCAUCGAAACGCGAGACUAUUCCUCCCCUAGGGUGCGGAAUUUUAGCUUCAUCUCCCCGACAAUUUAAAAACUCUCACAGUAUCCAGUUAAUCUGCGUGAAAGGCCAGCAGCCUGAAUUUACUGUGACCAAUAGAGGUAUACGAGUAUCAAGCAAAUUCCGAGGAGAUAGGGACACUUAUCUUUCCAUGGGUCUGAUGUGCUAUUUGAAUGGAACUGAACGUGAAGAGUUGCAUAUACACCUCGAACCCUUGGAUGGGCAUACAUACGGGAGAAGAUCGCCCCACAAGCUCUUCAUCAAACCACAUCGGACGGAAUGGGAUGGAGAUGUCUGCAUCCGUCUUAGUACAAAGAUUCAUUCCAUCUCUCAGCAUGCGAACCCCGUGUAUCUCGGUCCAAACAUAUACAUAGGGGAAAGUCUACGAAAACUAGCCAGGGAUACUAGAUUACGCGUUGGACCUCGGAGAGGAAACUGGGAUAAAUCGAGACACAUGUUCCUCACAUAUGAACUGUCGGCAUUCAGUGGGUUUUUCAUAUUUUGGAGACCCGGUUCCAAGGCUCCUAUUUCUAUUGCUUUCGGAUUUGAUAAUGACAAGAGCUUUUGGCUACUGAUGACCACAGCGGGUGUUGAGUUGGACACCCACAAGGCCAUUUGUAGCGAGAGGGAAGAUCGGAUAAUGAGCCUUAAACAUUUAGCUACUACAGAGACUCCGAGCUUGAACAUCGAUUUCAAAGAUACAGGAGGGCGAAAGUUGACACAAACGAUAACAAUUUCUGCUCAACAAUAUUUUUCUGACGGCAUACCAGUGUACGUCAUCGGUGCAGUGGAGCAGACUAUGACUGUGUCUGAAAAAGAAGGGUGCUGUGUUAUUCUGUGAGCUUCGCACGGUACUCAGAUUGGGUCGAUUUUCCAGAUAACAUGACCUAAAUUUUUGGUGAUUGGUAGGAUGAGCAGUUGGUAUGCGCCAUACAAGCUUGUGCCAGAU